ACCCGAAAUCGAAUCGAAAGCCACCAUCUAUCCAUAGAGGUGCGAGGCCAUGGCGGCCCAGGAGGCGGUUCCGAUCGACGCCAUCGGCAGCCAGCUGGAGAUAAGUCUCGUCGGGCUGGAGCACGCGGUCCUUCUCACUAACAAUCUCGACCUCGCCGGACAGACCUUCGUCGUCGAAAAAGUCCAGGUGCGCCAGGCGCCGGCCUUGCUUGAGGUCAUCCAGAGGGCCGUCUGCCAUCCCAAGAGGAAGUGGGUGGUCCGCAUACCCAACACCUUGAAGUUGCGCCACAUCGCCAGGAUUUCGAAUGAGAUCGAGGUGGUCGUUGCCGUCGUGAUCCCUCAACUGCUCCGCGACAAUGUUGACCCCACCGGCGCGCGACUCCUACGCCGCUACGCUUGGUCCAUCUGUCAUGCGGCGAGGAAGGUGGAUGGCGCCCCCAGGAUUCCUGGGGUAUCUGUCAGCGUCCGCGGGCCUUUGUGGUCCCUGGCUGCUGAUGCCGCCAAGCCGCUCCUGCGAUACUCCGCCUAUGUUUUCAGCGCGAACAGGAGCAAGGCGUGGUAUGAGGCCAACGUCACCAAGCUCGCCCCCGCCAUCACCGUCCUUCUGGACUACGUCGUCAACAUUCCGUACAGCUUCACAGUCGACGCGGCUGACGACGAUGACGACAGCGACAACGAUGACGGCGGUGACGACGACGACGAGCACAUGGAGUAGUCGUAUGCCGUCAUCGAUCCCCUCCCCCUCCUCGGCUCCCCUCCCCCGUCUAGUAAGUAGUGUAGUAUGUUUGGAACAAUAUGGAGAGAGUGUUACAGUUCGUCUGUGAUGUGGCCCAUUUGAUUACUACCGAACAUGAUUUGGCUGUGGGCAAUUCACUUGCAUAUCCUCUGGCAAUAAUUCACUUGCA